AAUCACGAGAGCAGCUAUUUCUGUCAGGCUCCUAUGUAGGCUGCUUUACCUCUCCAAGCACCUUCAGCAUGCACCAGGAAGAAAUAUACUGCUCUCUUCAAUGGGACAGUCCAACCACAGAGGGCUCUCAGAAAUGUCUGUCUCCUAGCAAAUGUUCAGGAACAUGGUGUGUUGUGACGGUGGCUUCCUGUGUGCUCUGUGUGGGUUUAUUAGCAACAUCCAUUUUCUUAGGCAUCAAGUUCUUCCAGGUGUCCUCUCUUGCAAUGAAUCAGCAGGAAAGACUCAUUCAGCAGAACAGACAAUUGCUGAACCUCACACAGUGGCAGAGAAACUACACCCUGCAGAUGAAAAACUGCCAAGCCUUUCAACAGAGAUGUCCUCGUUCAGGUAGUAACUGCAGCCCUUGUCCACACAACUGGAUUCAGAAUGGAAAAAGUUGUUACUAUUUCUUUCAAAUCUGGAACAUGUGGAAUGGCAGUAAGGAGAAUUGUUUAAAGGAAGAUGCCAGUCUCCUUCAAAUAGACAGCAAAGAAGAAAUGGAUUUUCUCAUCCGUAGCCUGCGGAAGCUCAAAGAAGUUGGGUACUGGGUGGGAGUGUAUCAAGAUGAACUCAGUGGAUCUUGGUUCUGGCUAGAUGGUUCUUCUCCUCUCUCUGACUUUGUGCCAACAGAGAGACUGUUAUCUGACAGCCAGAUCUGUGGAUACCUCAAAGACCAAACCCUCUUCUCAGAUAACUGCAGCAGCUGGAAAUAUUUUAUCUGUGAGAAAAAUGCACUCGGAUCCUGCAUCUGAAAGAUUCAGCUCAAAGCCAUCUCUGUUGCACACGAAGAUUUCAGUUGACCUCGCCCUAUAGUAUACCAAGGAGAAAAUUGAUUUAGAACUACAGAAGGCCUGACUCAUUGAGAACGAAGAAGAGAAAAUUUCCUGUUUGUUUGGAAGUCCAAAGUGACUACCCAUGACACAAAGAAAUCUAGUCAUCAUGUGGGAGUUUGUACAACAAUCCCUGAUUUUUUAAAAUACAUUUACCAUAUACUUAA